ACGGGCCACACAGCCCACCGACACCCCCUCGGUUGCCGCGAGCGAGCGAGAGAGAGUCGUGUCUCAUUUCGCGAGCACUAUCCGGCGACGGCAGCCAAGAGCCACACCUGGCCGCCGCGCUGCCUCCCCUCCCUGGUCCCUGCCCACUUCCCCGGUACCACCCACCUGCCACCUCCACCAGCUGCGGUGCCGCUCCCCCUUCCGCCCUAGUCCGAGCACCUAUUGAGCAGCGCGGUGGGCAGUCGAGCGAGCGCGGAAGGGUCGGGCAUGGAGGCGAGCGGCGAGAGGGCUGCGGUGGUGCGGCGCCUGAUGGAGGUGAAGGAGGAGUCCGGGAAGACCUUCUCGGAAAUCGCCGCCGAGACGGGUCUCACCAACGUCUACGUGGCGCAGCUGCUGCGGCGCCAGGCGCAUCUCAAGGCCGACACGGUGCCCGCGCUGAGGGCGGCCCUGCCCACGCUCACCGACGAACUCGUCCAACUCAUGAUGCAGCCGCCCUUCCGGUCCUACAACCCCGACAUCGUCCAGGAGCCCGCCAUUUACAGAUUGAAUGAAGCUGUUAUGCAUUUUGGAGAGAGCAUCAAGGAAAUCAUCAAUGAGGAGUUUGGUGAUGGAAUCAUGUCAGCCAUAGAUUUCUACUGUUCAGUUGACAAGGUUCAAGGGGCUGAUGGAAAAGAUCGUGUAGUGGUCACAUUUGAUGGAAAGUAUCUGCCAUACACUGAACAGAAAUCUGAACAUAUGAUGUCAAGGCCAACCCGCAAGACAUCUUGAUAUGGCUGGCGACGAGGAGAAACAUGAUGUAGCUUCCUUACUGCCUUCGUAGUGUUUGGGCUCAGAAAGGAUCGAGCAUGCCUUUUUUUAGGGGGUCCAAAUGGUCAGCACAAUAAACAGACCUGUAUUGAUAAUAACUGUUAAAAGGCACAUUAAAGUCAUGGUUCUGCCAUUAGCCUUACUUUACAGGGUCUCCGACAAUAAUAAUAAUACCAUGAUUGUUGAACUGCAUUGGAUGAUGCCGAGAUAAAAAGACAAGUGAAACAUGUACCGUGUAUAUUCCCGGCUCCAGAAGAUAUCAUUUCCAUAGACAUGACAUUAUCACAUCA